CACGGGAGCGCGCUCCAACCAAGGAUCGGCUACUGCAGCUUCACGGAGGCAGGCAGAAGUAGUGUACGCUACUGCAUUUCAUAACGACGAAGUACAAAUGCUUGUUUUUUUCCCCAAGUAGCCAUUGUGAAUCUACUGGAAAUAUCGUGACUGAAAUAACUUGAGGUCUUCGCAACUGCAAUACAGGUCAGAGGCAUAGCCAGAAGUACAUGACUCAGCCAAUUGGAAAGAGUGUAACGCUUCAAUCAAGUUAGCCAGCCAAAGGAGAGAUGCUGACCAGGAGGUGGCCGGAAUUCACUGUAGCCGCAUUCUCACUUCUGCAGUUGGUGUGGCAAGCGGUGUACCCAAUUGAAGUUCCAAUAGAUCCAAAGAUCCAGCAAGACCUAAAGCAGCCCCCUACUAUUGUCAAGCAGUCUCUGAAGGACUACAUUGUGGAUCCUAGAGAUAACAUCAUCAUCGAGUGUGAGGCCAAGGGGAAUCCUGUACCAGUUUUCUCAUGGCGUCGGAAUGGCAAGUUCUUCAACGUGAUGAAAGAUCCACGUGUGUCAAUGCGCAAACGGUCUGGAACACUGGAAAUUAGCUUUCGCAGUGGUGGGCGUCCCGAGGACUACGAGGGGGAGUACCAGUGCUCUGCCUCCAAUGACUUUGGCACAGCAAUCUCCAACAAGAUCCUUCUCAGAGUCUCGAAGUCUCCACUAUGGCCCAAAGAGGUCUUGGAGCCAGUGGUUGUCACUGAGGGAUCACCACUUGUACUGACCUGCAACCCACCUCCUGGGCUCCCGCCACCCCAUACCUUCUGGAUGAAUAGUGCCAUGCAGCCUAUCACUCAGGACCAGCGGGUGUCCAUGGGGUUGAAUGGUGACCUGUACUUCUCCAAUGUCCUGGCAAAGGAUGCUGCAACAGACUACAGCUGCAAUGCCAGAUUCCUAUUCACCCAUACCAUCCAACAGAAGAAUCCUUUCACGCUCAAAGUGCUCACAAAGGAGACCUAUAAUGACACAUCAGGUGUUUCUUCUCUCAACCAAACUGACUCAUACAGUGCCCGUGGGGUGGCUGAGACUACGCCCACGUUCUUGUCUCCAACAGGAUCAUCUAGCUCCAAGAUGGUUCUACGUGGGGAGGAACUGUUACUGGAGUGCAUUGGUGCCGGAUUCCCAACCCCAAGUAUCAAAUGGUUUAAGAAGGGCGGGGACCUGCCUGGACAGAAGGUGAAGCUAGAGAAUUUUAACAAAACAUUGCACAUUGUGAGCGUAUCUGAGGAGGACUCAGGGGAGUACAUCUGCAUGGCCAACAACAAGAUAGGCAGCAUUCGUCACUCCAUCUAUGUACAGGUCAAAGCUGCCCCUUACUGGUUGGACAAGCCACAAAACCUGGUUCUGGCUCCAGAUGAGAGUGGCCGGCUGGUAUGCCGGGCCAACGGCAUCCCCAAACCCAGCACCCAGUGGCUGGUGAAUGGAGAAGCCAUUGAGAGUUCCCUGCCAAAUCCAAGUCGGCAAGUAGUGGGUGACACGAUCAUCUUCCGAACAGUGCAGAUCGGCAGCAGCGCAGUGUACCAGUGCAAUGCCUCCAAUGAUCAUGGUUAUUUGCUGGCCAAUGCUUUUGUCAACAUUUUAGAUAUGGCGCCACGGAUGCUUGGCCCUAAAAACCAACUCAUCAAGGUGAUUGAGAAUAACCGCACUUUCUUGGACUGCCCGUACUUUGGCUCACCACUUCCAGAACUACGCUGGUUUAAGAAUGGGCAAGGCAGUGGCCUAGAUGGUGGGCAUUACAAAGCCUAUCUGAAUGGCACUUUAGAGAUCAAUCGUGCCCGGGUCGAGGACCAGGGUACGUAUACCUGUGUAGCCAGUAACAUCCUUGGAAAGGCAGAAAACCAGGUUCGGCUGGAGGUCAAAGAGCCCACACGGAUUGUUCGUGCCCCAGAACACCAGACAGUGAACCGAGGAAGUGUAGCCCGCUUUAACUGUCGGGUCAAAUAUGAUGUCAGCCUUCCAAUUACUGUUACCUGGGCCAAGGAUGACAAGCCUCUUACGCUUGGAUGGAGGCUGAAGAAGGAGGAGGACUCCUUUUCUAUCUUCAAUGUUCUUGAUUCGGAUGAGGGGACUUAUUCAUGUACUGCCAAAACUGAGCUGGAUGAAGACUUCGCAUCUGCUCGCCUCACUGUUCUUGGUUAUGAUUCCUUUCCAUCUUCAAAUCGUAGUGCCCUUGUACCAGACCGCCCAGAUCCCCCUAAGGACCUAGAACUAUCAGACCCUUCAGAGCGAAGUGUCCGUCUCACCUGGAUCCAUGGAAAUGAUAACAACAGUCCCAUUACAGAGUUCCUCAUCCAGUUUGAGGAGGACCGCUGGCAACUGGGAAAAUGGCUGAAUUUGUCAAGUUGCCCUGGUGACCUCAACUCUGCCAUCCUGCACCUGUCUCCCUUUGUCAACUACCAGUUCCGGGUUAUUGCCAUCAAUGCCAUUGGCUCCAGCCAGCCGAGCCGUCCAUCUCCACGCUACCAGACCAGUGGAGCACCACCAGAUGCCAUCCCUGGUGAGCUCCAAGGAGUGGGCACAAAAAAAACAAACAUGGAGAUCAGCUGGGAGCCUCUGCUGGACAUGGAGAGGAAUGGACCUAACCUGCGAUAUCUGGUGUCAUGGCGCCGUAAAGAUGUGCCCGAGACCUGGAGAAAUGCUACCACCAAAUCAUCCAAGCAUGUCAUCCACAACACCAGCACCUACAUACCCUAUGAAAUCAAAGUCCAGGCAGUCAACGACUUUGGGCUUGGUCCAGAGUCCAGCGUGGUCACUGGCUACUCAGGGGAGGACCGUCCCAUCGCACCCCCCACCAAUCUACGUGUAUCUGGGAUUAACAGCACGACAGUGACUUUGCACUGGUCUCCUGUAGCUCCCAACACCAUCAUGGGUGCAUUAAAGGAAUAUAGGGUGUACUACUGGAGGGAGAGUAGCAUUCUGAAAGGCCUGCAUGUGACCAAGGAGAAGAAGACCAAGGGCUUCAAGAACAGCAGCCCGCAACCAUCGGGUAUCCUGAAAGGGCUUGUGCCCUACAGCAACUACAAGAUGUAUAUGGUUGUGGCCAAUGGCCAAUAUGAGGGGCCACACAGCAACACCGUUGAAUUCGCAACAAAAGAAGGAGUGCCUGGUCUUCCUAAGUUCUUCAGGAUCAUUCAGAGGAGUACAGAUACGAUCUACCUUGACUGGGACAAGCCUGUAGAGCCCAACGGUGUGCUUAUUGGAUAUAUACUUAAGUACCAGACAGUAAAUGGGACACAUCUAGGCCUCAUGCAGAUGGAAAACUUUCCUCCUAAUGUGACAACAUUCUCACUUCGACGGCCCAACCACAGUAUCCACUACAAGUUUUUCCUGGCUGCACGCACACAGGUGGGGGCUGGAGAGAUGUAUGCAGAGAAGUCUCCAAAUUUCACCAAUGAGGUUUUGACAGAAAACAUUCACAAUACAGAUGUUAUGGUGUCUACAAUUGCCCCUACCCUCUCCAUUACAACUACAACUACUAGUACCACAACCACGACAAUCAUCACUACCACCACUACCACCUCGGCCACAACAAUUCCCACUGUUUUUUCCGCAACCAAAAGCACGGACCUGGCCGUACUGGCUCCACCUGGAAGACUGAUCUGGAAUCUGACGGUUGAGCCCAACAGUAACUAUGCUUACGUCAGCUGGAAGCACAACUUUCCCUCCAACAGCAGCGAAUUUGUGCUUGAGUUCUCUCUAAAGAGUAACGGGAAUACGACAAAAGUGCCAGUCAAACAUCAGCCCCCCAUAAAGCUUGCAGGUUUGAUUGAGGGGGCCAGGUACCAGCUGCGGGUGUAUUCUCACGAGCACCUUGACAUCAGAAGCGAGUACGUCGACUUUGAGACCAGUGCAGCAUACAGCAAGGACCAGAUUGACAUAGCAACACAGGGCUGGUUCAUUGGGCUGAUGUGUGCCAUUGCACUGCUGGUGCUCAUUCUACUCAUAGUAUGCUUCAUCAAGAGGAGUCGUGGUGGGAAGUAUCCAGUGCGUGAUAAGAAAGACCUUCCACUGGAUGCAGUUGAUCAGAAAGAUCAGGAUGGGUCAUUUGACUACCGCAGUGAUGAGGACAAUAAGCCACUGCAAGGCAGCCAGACCUCCUUGGAUGGCAAUAUAAAGGAGAGCGAUGACAGCCUGGUCGACUAUGGAGAUGGAGGAAAUGGCCAGUUCAAUGAAGACGGCUCCUUUAUUGGCCAGUACACCGUAAAGAAGGACAAAGAAGAAACAGAGGGCAAUGAAAGCUCUGAGGCCACUUCACCAGUCAAUGCCAUCUACUCGCUGGCAUAGCCCUUGCCCUAAGAGAGCCUGAGGAGGACAGAGGGGUGGCUGGGGUCCGGAGGCUAUCCGGGAAGCUACAGGCACAAGGCAGGGAAAAACCCAGGAUGGGGUGCUGGUUCAUCACAGUUAUCACACAUUAUUAUUAAUUAUUAUUAUUAUUAUUAUUAUUAGUAGUAGUAGUAGUAGUAGUAAUAGUGGUGGUGGUAAUAAUAAUAAAAAUAAUAAUUAUUAUUAUUAUUAUUACUCAUUUCUCUGUGUUUAUGAUAUGACACAAAAGAGAGUUGUUCAUAUUUAUGUAUUGUUAUGAGGUGUGCUCUGUUUUAUGUUGACAACAAAUUAUUUUUUAAGAAACUGUUCAAACUAAUCCAUGAGCAUCAUUCUAUGUUUACAUUGAAUUCAUAUCUGACAAAACUGAUUUGCUAGCUAUUCCUGUCAAGUGCUUUGAUUUUUUUCCUGCUCUCAACUUUUCUUUAUGAUUUGCAUCCAAGUUGUAGCAUUAUUUCUUUGUUGUAACGGGAAAAUAUAGUCAGAAUAUAAUUGACAAAUACAAAAAUUACAUUAAAAUUUUCACCAAGUAAAAGAAAAAUAGGCUACUAUGCCUAAUUUGGUUUUUGCACAGCCAGCCUAUCCUGGAACUUUCAUAAGGAUGUUAGCAUUUUUAAAGUUCCUUGUACCUCAGUCAAUGAUUAAGUUUGUUAUCCUAUACCUCAAAGAAAUAUCCUCUGGGCCCUUUAGGGAAUUUUGCCACUUGGGCCUGUCUGAGGCCUCCAGAUUGUGACUGCCAUGCACCAGCCAGCUCAGCAGAUUUCCUGGACAUUUCUGGAAUGAUUUGGUACAAUUGCUGCAGUUGAUGCCUUUAGUAGAAGAGUAAGCAUAAUGACUCUGUGUCACCUGUAACAACCUACAGCACUAAGGGAUGAUUUCAGCUUUUAGCUAUGUUUUCCUGAAACCUGUAACCCCCAUCUCCUUUUCAAUGUCCUCCAGGGUUUUUCCUCUAUAUUGAUCCCAAAGGUUGCCUUGUUCAUGCAAAAACACAUGUAUUAAUAUGCUGAUCCAUCCUUCUUCUAAUUGCUUAUUUGGAUCAGGGUUGUGGAGUAAUUUUCCGAUGCUUAAUUUUAUGUAUUUUCUCAAUGAAUCCCUGUGUACGCUUAUUUGCUAAAAAGAGAAAAUAUAUACAAAGAUUGUUUAUAAUGUAUGCAUAAUCUACAUUAUGUGUUUAAAUUCAACACAAAAUGAUUUUUUAUUUUAGAAAAAGUUAAAUCAUGGUUGAGCAUUCAUGUUCAUACAACCCAGCAGUUAUAUGGGUGUGCUACAGAACAGGAAUUCAAAUACAGAUGAAUGCUGCUGGAUACAUAUCAUAUGUUGCAUUAAGUCUCUUGUUAUAUUAUUAUUAUUAUUAUUAUUAUUAUUAUUAUCACUAGAGGUGGACAUUUCAGGUCCAGAAAGUAGAAAUCCAAACCAGGAUUCUGUUUCAACCAACCAGUUGAGUAUCAGAGUCACAGAGUACUGGUUGAAACUGGUUGGGUGAAACAUAAUCUUGGUCUGGAUUUUUACUUUCUUGAACUGAAAUGUCCAACACUGAUUAUCACUAAAUAGUGGUGUGUGAUUGUACAUAUAUGUGUAUACACACACGUGUGUGUGUGUGUGUGUGUGUGUGUGUGUGUGUUUGUGUUUUCGUGUAUAUGUAUAAAAGCUGUAUGGGUGGUAUAUUUCCUGUUUGGGGAUUAUUUUAUUUUUUUAUGUUUUUUUUAUUGUACAUUUACAAACUUCUAACUGUAUCUAAGCAGCUUAGUGAGAUAACUGCUUCUAGAAGCAAAUGUGUUUUUAAGGUACAUCUGAUUCAAACAGAAAACAAAAGCAGCAUAUUAACAUAUUUAUUAUUUAUGCGUGUAUGAUGAGAUGCUAAAGAAGACUUUCUUUAUAGUAAAGUCAUUUCAUUUUCUCUACAAAGUGAUCUGUCAUUUGUGUUCUGAGACAUUCUAAAGAAUGUUCCUGAUCCACAUUUUUUGUUAAUGUAUAUUGAACACUUUUUGCACACCAUUGUUAAAUAAACACAAAAAUAGCCUUUAUACAGUGACUUAUACAGAGAUUUACCUGAAAUAUUCACAAUAUUGCCAAAAGUAUUGCAACACCCCUCCAAAUCACUGAAUUCAGGUGUUACAAUUACUUCCAUGGCCACAGGUGUAUAAAAUGAAGCACCUAGACAUGGAGUCAGCUUCUACAAAUAUUUGCGAAAGAAUGGGUCACUUUCAACCAACAAGCAUGGUACCGUGAUAGGAUGCUACCUGUGCAAAAAGUCCAUUUGUCAAAUUUCCUCACUGCUACAUAUUCCACGGUCAGCUGUUAGUGGUAUUAUAACAAAGUGGAAGCAAUUGGGAACAACAGCAACUCAGGCACAAAUUGUUAGGCCAUUUAAAAUCACAGAGCAAGGACAAUGUGUGCUAUUAUGUUAUGUAUGUUAUGUGUCAUUUUUUCUUUUAAUUUAAUGUAUUUUAAGUUAACUUAUGUGUGUCACAAUUCCAUAAUGGUAUAUGCCAUGUUGGAUACAAAGAAAGGUGUGGGUGAUAUGGUCAGGAAAUUGAAGUACUUUAAUCCUGAAUGGUGUCGAUUAAUUUUAUAGAAUCACACACGUAAGGCCAAGCAGAUCACAGUGGUAAAUCAAUGCACAGUAAUAAUCUUUCAUUUUAACUGACAUUACUUAUCAGUAACUAUGAAAGCUAAGAAACUGCCACAAAUCACUUAGACAAUAACUGAGAACCAGAAUCUGUGAUCAAUGAUUAAAUACCAAAAUGAUUUACCAAUGCAAUGCACAUAUAGUCAAGUCAUACUUUACAGGCUUGAGUAACUGGCCUAAACUAGAUGGUACACAGGUCCAGUUUUGAUAAUGAUAAACUCUAAAUAAGCUACAUUUUACCCAUAAUGCAGCAGAAUACUAGGAAGUACAUAUAACACAGCAUUAACCAUAAUUUAUUUGCUUGUACCUGUGGAUUUCUGGUCUAAUAAGUAAACAGGCAUUCCAGGCCAGAUAAUACCUGCAUCAAAAGCCAGGUUUUCUGCCAGGAGAAAAAUAUGUUGUGUGGAUGCAUCCUGGACCACUGAAAGGCACAGGUUACCUAGCUCUAAAGGAAAUGUGUAGGACUAAGGGACAGAAGAAAGAAGAACACAUGAAUGCAGUAAUCAUAAACAAACAACACGUGGAUAUAGUAACCAUGAACCGACAAGCUAACCAAAUUUGCCAAGCAAGUAUAACUAACUAAAAUAGACAAAUUUAAUGUAAAUAGGGAACAAGGUUUAAAUGUGGACUGAGACCAGUGGAAGCUGGUGGCUAACCCAUCAACCCAUGCUAUCAUAUAUCUAAGCAGUUUGCCUACUUAUAUAUACUUUCAUGUGGUUAAAAAAUGCAAUAAAAUAAUAGGUCACAGGGUAUUUUGUAACAGAAAGUUUGUUCAACCAGUGAAUAUAACGAUUAUAUAUUCAAAUACUUACCAAGGACAUCAGAUGUAACAAGAAGCAAUAAUUCAAAAUGGUGUUUCAUGUUUUCUAAUUUAAAGAGGAA